AUUCUUCCCCUUUCAAAUACUACUCCACAGCACACGCUCGGUGUCAAGCACUCAAGCCUAUUCAUUUCUCCUCGGUCCUCGCCACCACACAAGUGAGGGAAGAGCGAGGCACCGCCGCCGCCCGCACAACUCCAGGAUGGCGACCGCCACGACCACCGCGCUGAGCAUGAAGCUCCUGGUGGACACCAAGGCCCGGCGCGUGCUGUUCGCGGAGGCGAGCAAGGACGUGGUGGACUUCCUCUUCUCCCUCCUCGCGCUGCCCGUCGGCACCGCCGUCAAGCUGCUCGGGAAGGAGGCCAUGGUCGGCUGCGUCGGCAGCCUCUACGGCAGCGUGGAGAAGCUCGACGGCAGCUACGUCCAGCCCGGCGCCGCCAAGGACGCGCUGCUCCACCCCGCCGUCCUCUCGCCGUCGGCCAGCAGCAAAAGCUCCCUCCUGGGCAUGCCGCCGCCGCCGUGCCCACAGGCGAAGGCGUUCUACAGAUGCAGCAGGCAGUGCAACUGCUACAGCGACGGAUAUUUCGGCAGCAGCAGCCAGCAGGUUAGAUGCAACAGCUGCCGGACUUACAUGACGGAGAGUUACGGCACGUACUGUCCAUCGUGUAAGAACCAGAUGACCACGGCCUUCACGGUCGUGCCGUCGGCCGCGUCCGGAGGCGAGGUGGCGCAGGCGGCGGGCGGCGUCAGCGGGAAGGGGUUCGUGCAGGGCAUCGUGACGUACACGGUGAUGGACGACCUCACGGUGACGCCCAUGUCCUCCAUCUCCAGCAUCACCCUGCUCAACACCUUCGCCGUCAGGGACCUCAGCGCGCUCCAGGAGAAGACCGUGCAGCUCGGCUAUGACCAGGGUCUGGAGAUCCUCAAGGCGUCGCUGCAGUCCAAGACCGUGCUCACCGACGUUUCCUGAAGCCCCCCAGCAGCGCUUGAAACGCACGGUCCUGCGCCUGACAUGCUCAUCGACAUGGGAAAGUAGCUCGAUGUGUCUAGCUAAAUUAGGCUGAUCUUUUGUGCGGCCAUCAGAACUAUCUAACGGUGGCAUCUUUUGGUAAUGUCAAGUGUCCGAUGGUACUAUGGUAGUAGUUAGAUGCUCGUAGUCCAGCUUAAGUUAUCAGUUGCUCCAGGUUGUACUAGUACUUAUAUGUUGAUGCUUGAUGUAUGCGUUUGCAUCGCAGGUAGGGGUAUCAUCUUCUGUUGGU